GACCUCAAACCACCAGCGCCAGCAACGACGUGCCACGGCUCGCCACGCAUCUGUUGCGACCGACGACGUGCCCGACGCCGUCCCGCGGCCGCCAGGAAGAGGCCCGCGCAACCACUUCUGGGACCCGCGGCCGCCGGGCGUGUGGCGGCACAACGAGUCGAACGAACCGAACCAGCGCAGAGCGGCGCGUCUCACGAGCGCCCGCGGCCGCCACGCCGCCGCCGUCCGCGGCCGACGGUGGUCGCGAAUCAACGCGGCGCGGUGCACCGCUGCGCCUGUCCUUCCGCGCCGCUGGACGUCGGCCGAGAAGACCGCUUCCCUCUGGGGACCCGAUCUCUGUUCCCGGGCACGCCGGUCGCAGUGACAUGGGCUCCCAGGCUCAAAAGCGCUCAACAGCGAGCUGCUCCUCCUCCUGCCGCCGCUCCGCUCACCGAGACAACUCGGUGCCGCCGUUCUCGCCGCCGCCGCCGCCGCCGCCGCCUCGCGCCUUGCCUCCGUCACCGCCGCCCUCCAUCUCGCAGCGGCGCGUCCCUCUGAUGGCGCGGGCUCCUCGCUCGUUGGCGCCUCGCGCCGCCGCCCCCCCUCUCGCCGCCGCUCCGCUCGUGGCCGCCCCAUCCCCUGUCAAUCCCGCCGCCUCCGCUGUCAAUCCCCCCCCACCGCCGCCACCGCCUCGCGCGUUUAGCGGGCCUUUAAGCUUAGGAAUCCUAAAUAGAGGACAGCCUAUAAAGUGUGAGUCACACACACACACACACACAGCCUAUAAAGAAAAGAAACGCAAUGUCGAAGGUGCCACCUUAUC